CAACCUCACACACUUCCCUGUUGAAGCAAGAGCAAUGGAGUUGGAGACGCACUGACUGUUUGUGCUCUACCUCUCAGCCUUUGAAUGGCAACUUGAGGAUUUGAGCUUGUAAAAAUUUGGACCACACGGGACGCUUUACCUUGUCUUAGAAGCUGAAGGAUUUGGUCAGAAAAGAAGCUCAUUACAGGCUGAGGCAGUUUGCUGGCCUGACGAUAUCAUCUGUCUACCACAGUGCAGCCAUCAAUCAACAAGCAUGAGCAACAAAUUGCCCUGGUGGCAGGAUGGGCGAGUGGUGCAUGGUGGAAGUUCAAAGGCCAAGAUGAGGCAGCACUGGACUUUGGGUACAUUGCUAUUCAUAGCCUCACUGAUGUCAGCCCACUGUCAGAGCGGUGAGGAAGGGGACUGGGGAUCAGGCAGCAUGCCAGAGGUCAUGUUCACCAAUGCGUCCACUCCUAUUCCACAUGCAAUCAGGGAUGAUCCAGUCAGGCCUGACUGGACCAAGCCGCUUUUUCAGGCCAUUCCAGAGAUCGAAGUAGAUGGCUGUUCUGUCAACUUCCACACAAGCCAGGCUAUGUCCAGGCGAUUACGGGCGAACAGGGACGAAGUGGCUUAUCUGAAGGCUCUGCAGCAUGGGAACCAGGCAGUGGUGGAGAAUCUGGUUCAGUUUGUCGGAGCAGAGUUGGGGACCCAGCGCUAUCAGGAAAUUAUCCAAGAGAACAUUGAUGGAAUAAAGGAAGAUCAUGUUAGCUGUGAGGGAGUGGUGAAGAAAUCAGCAGAGGAUUUGGAGAACCAGCUGGAGGGAGACAUCUUACAAGUUUUGGCUGGAAUUCAGAAAAUCAAAGAAGAGUCUCUUGCCUUUGAACGGAUGCUGCAAGCCACGGCAGACAUCGCCAGCCGGCUGGAGAUUUCCUCACGGACCCUGCACACUGAGCUAACGGAGCAGCUCAGAAGGAGCACCAGUGCUCCCAACUGAAAGCACAUAACGGGAGGACUGCCAUUUCAGAGGACAAAACUCAGUCAUCACUGUGUUAUUUGAAAGUCCCCACACAUUCUUAAAAAUAAAGAUACCAAAAAGGGUUGGUUCCUUAAAGAACUUUUCAUAGAGCCUAUCAAAUGAGUGUGUGGAAUGCUUUUAGAACCUCCAAAGUUAAAGUUCUAUUCUAAUUAAAAGUUUUUUACAACUGUGUAUCUAAAUCUAGAACUUUUAUCUUAAAGAGUGUAUUUGUUCAGACACAAAGGGCAUGAAGAGGACAAUUUAAUUAAAGUACUGUGCAAUAUUGAAAAUACUGUGCAUAUUUCACACUGUUCACAUGUUAAAAGCAUUAGUUUUCGUCCAAGUAUUACAUUUGUGAAUUCUAAUGGAUUUUUGUUUGACACUUCUUGGCAGAAGAGCAACACCUAGUACAUUUUCUGACAGAUAGCUUAAUGUUCUGCUGUCUUGGUGCUAGGGUGCAGAUGGAGAGCAGACAGCUAGGGCCCCUCACUCAGCACAGACACAUACAUUUCAUGAGAGGGAAACGGAAAAUGACCUUGACGUAAUAGAAUAAAUAAACUGAGCCUCAUCUGGAUGCCAAAACUGAAAGGAGGCCCAUCAUUAGUAAAUAAGCAUUAUUUAAUGUCUUUUUUUAUUAACCAUAACAGAGUUAUAAACAAACAAUGGGUAAUUUAUGAGUUAUUCUGGACAGCUGGGAAUGAGCCUUUUGUGGUAUGUGCAUGUCUUUAUAAGCAGAUGUCUUGCAGGGCAAUCUCAGUUGCUUUGGAUGGGAUUUAGCUGAUGAAGAAUAUGAAUAAAGUACUAAUUUAAUCA